UGCCCUUCUCUCAAUUCUUUUCACGAUAAAAAAGAAAAAAAAAACCGGGUUUUCUCUCUCUCUCUCUCUUUCCUUUUAACUUCAAGAUCCGAUCCUUCUAUUUUCUCUCGUACCUUUUCCUCUGUGGAGCUAAAAUAGCAGCCAAAGAUCCGUCCUUUUUCUCUCUGAAAACAAGCACACAAGACUCUACUUAGUGGUGGUUGCUGGUGGUGGAUGGCAAGAGCCAAUAAAUAUGCCUCCGUUAACUUUAACCAUGUUUAUGACAAAAACAUAAGCAAUUCAUCCUCUUCUAAUAACACAAACAACCCAUCAAAGCAUCCAUCUUCCACUUCUUUUUACUCGACAAUAUCAUCACCUAAUAGCCCGAACAAUCUCUACAAAAGCCAUCUUCCAUCCUCAUCAACCCGAACCCAUGGGCGGAUGCUGGUUCUGACCCGACCCACACCUAAACCGAUAUCCACCAUCCAAACAACACCACUGACUCCCUCUCCGAAAACCCCACCAAGCCAUCCAGCUCAAGUUCAAAUCCCGGUUCAAACAGGGGCUGAACCGGAACAGGACCGUAUUUCUCUACGUCCUUUAGGUCGAACCGGGGCUGGUUCGAUUGUUUCUUCUCCGGUUCGUGGACAGGAGAAGCAGAAGGAGGUUGGGGCUAGUCUGGGGUCGCCUAAACCGGAUAAGUUUGUGCCACCACAUCUUAGACCGGGUUUUGCUGGGAGGGAGGAGAGGCCUGGACCCGAGGUUUUUAGGGGUAAGGAGGUGGGUCAAAGGCAGCAGCAACAGUUUUUCGGUUCUCCGGGUCGGUUUGGUGAAGACGGAAGGCCCAAGUCAGGUGGGUAUGAGACGAUGACGAGAGGUGAUGAAUCAAAUCUGGGUUUCGUUAGACCCAGAUCUAGUGGAAAUCGGCCCAGUUCAAGUGGAUGAGCUCUUACGACAUUGAAGUCAUCUACUUGCACAAGAACAUAAUCCUUGAUGCUACCCACCAGAUACUUCAUUGAGCCCCAGUUUCCAUCUACUGUUCCCUUAGAACUGUCAUUGUCUCUUAUCCGAGGAUCAGUGGCAUUUUAACCCAUGCAGCCUGGUGGCACCAUUUAGGUUCUCAACUCUGAUGACUGAAGAAACCUAGGUACCUAAGGGUUGUAGGAUGUGCUUGUGUGAUCUUUUCUGUUUAUUCAGUUUUACAUUUCUGAUUGGGAGCAUGUUGUCUGUAUGCUACCUCCUCAGUAACUUUUCCUCUUGGAUGUACUUCAAAAAUCGUUGUCCCAUGACUUCUCCUUCCUUGUUUCUUCUUUCUUUUGUGCACUCGCAACAAUUAUGGUUAACCUUUAUCCCAGUAAUUUCAUCUGUA